AGCAAGCACCAAAAUAUCCAAUACCAAAAUGAAAUUUACUAGUUCAACUUUGGCUGCCGUUGUAGCCCUGGCCUUCGCCGCUACAUCGACCACAACGGAGGCUUUCGCUCCCACGGCUUCCUCCGCCAGAACUACUCGACAAUGGGCAACUAUUGCGGAAGAGGCUGCGACCGAUUUCGAUUUGGGCGAAUACGUCAUGAGCAAACAGCCAGUCCUGAAUGCUAUGCUCCAGGAAACCGUCAAACCAAACCAGCCCAAUACCGAAUUGGUUAGCGAGUGCAUGGAAUAUUCUUUGAUGGCCGGUGGCAAACGUAUCCGACCCGUCCUUUGUUUGGCUGCCGCAGAAAUGUUCACCUCGAAGGAAGAAGCAGAAGCAGUUGCCCUACCGACCGCAGUUGCCGUGGAAAUGAUCCACACCAUGUCUUUGAUGCACGAUGAUUUGCCGAGCAUGGACAACGACGACUUGAGAAGAGGCAAGCCAACUAGCCACGUAAGUUUAAAAAUCGGUUUGAUGAUGCGACCGAUGCCACAAUGAGUGUCAUAUUCACUGAGUGGGCGACGUCAAUUGUUUUCUUUUACUACUGCUUUCAGUUUUGUAUUCUCACAUUGCAUCAAAUUUUUUACCACGAAAUCUGAAAUGAAAAAACAAAACAAAACACCGAUGCAACAACUAUUUCUUCCUCCAUCUUGUAGGUCGUAUAUGGAGAGGACUUCGCAAUCUUGGCCGGAGAUGCCAUGCUAAGUACCAGUUUCCAGUGGAUUGCCGAAAAAACCCCUCAGGACAAAGUUGACGCCUCCAAAAUCUUGGAUGUCAUCACGCGUGUCGGAAAGUGCGUCGGAGCCGAUGGUCUCGUAGGUGGUCAAGUAUUGGAUUUGCUGUGUGAAGGCAGACGUGGAAAGCGAGAUGUUUCCGUUGAUGAUUUGGCAUGGAUCCACACACACAAGACCGCUGCCUUGCUGAAGGUUUCUGUUGCAUGCGGAGCUCUUUUGGCGGGUGCCACAGAGAAGGAAGUCGAGGCCUGCGAGAUAUUCGCAGAGAAAAUUGGUUUGGCGUUCCAGGUUGCGGACGACAUCUUGGACGUGACGGGAUCGACAGAGGAUCUUGGAAAAACGGCAGCCAAAGACUUGGUCGCAGACAAAACUACAUAUGUUAAACUCCUAGGAUUGGAUGGGGCACGUGCCGAAGCGCAAAGACUGACGGAUGAAGCCAAGAAAGAAUUAGAUAUUUUCGGAGACCGCGCCAUUCCAUUGUUGGCCUUGGCAGACUACAUCAUCAACCGAAAGAACUAAAUUAAAGACACUGCGAUAGA